UCAAACCAGUUUUGUUUUCGAUCGAGUUGUUUGUGUACUUUGUGUUUGUCUGCCUCCGGACCCGCCGAGGAUUCGCCGGCCGCUCUUUUUACUUCCUAAUCGAUCAAUCCGGGACAGCCGAGAGAUGAGUGCGGGCAUGCUGUACGGCGGCGACGAGAUCGGCGCGCUGGUUUUCGACGGCGGGCACUACUCGCUGCGUGUGGGCUACGCGCAGGAGGACACGCCGAAGGCUGAGAUCCCGGCCGUGGUCGGCAUCGGCGAGGACGCCAACGGCAUGGCCGUGCUCGAGGGCGAGGCCAUGGAGGUGGACGAGAAGAAGCCCGACCCGUCCAGCAUCAACCAGUCGAACAAGAAGUACUACAUCGACACGACCAGCCUGUGCGUGCCUCGGCAGGGCGUCGAGGUGGCCAGCUACAUGAAGGAGUGCAUGAUCGACGACUGGGACGUUUUCGAGAAGGUGCUUGACUACUCCUACAAGAAGAUCAUACAGUCCGAGUCCGAAUUCCAUCCAGUGCUCAUGUCGGAGGCGCCGUGGAACGUGCGCCUCAAGCGCGAGAAGCUGACCGAGCUGAUGUUUGAGAAGUACAGCGUGCCGGCCUUCUUCCUCGUCAAGAACGCUGUGCUGGCCGCCUUCGCCAACGGCCGCUCCACCGGCCUCGUCGUCGACAGCGGCGCUACGCACACCACGGCCGUGCCCGUCCUUGACGGAUAUGUGCUCGGACAGGCCAUCGUCAAGUCGCCCCUCGGAGGCGACUAUAUCAGCAUGCAGUGCACCAAAUAUUUAGAGGAAAAUGACGUUGAUCUCUCGCCGUCGUACAUGGUUUCGGGCAAGGAGGCCGUGAAGGAGCGCGAAAAGCCGCGUUGGACCAAGCGCAGAAACUUGCCAGAGGUGACAAGGAGUUGGCACAAUUAUAUGGUCAGGAAGGUGGUGCAAGAUUAUCAGGCAACUGCGUUACAAGUCUUGGAAACGCCGUUCGACGAUAAAAUCGUUGCAAACAUUCCAACAGUGCACUACGAAUUCCCCACUGGAUAUAACCAGGACUUUGGUGCUGAACGAUUCCGCAUCCCAGAGGCUCUCUUUGACCCUAGCAUGGUUCGUGGUAAUACAAUGCUUGGUGUCAGUCACAUAGUGACAACCAGCGUGGGAAUGUGCGACGUUGACGUGAGGCCCAGUUUGUAUGGCAGUGUAGUCAUCACUGGCGGCAACUCGCUCCACCAGGGCUUCCCCGAGCGGCUGAACCGCGACCUGUCGAUGAAAAUUCCAAACAGCAUGCGUCUGAAGAUGAUAAGCGCGAACGGCAGUCCAGAGCGGCGCUUUGGUGCGUGGAUCGGCGGCUCGAUUUUGGCCAGCAUUGGCUCUUUCCAGCAAAUGUGGCUAUCAAGCCAGGAAUAUGAUGAAGGCGGCAAGCAGCAGAUCGACCGCAAAUGCCCCUGACUCUCUUACGUUUUGCAUUGUGUAUCAUACCUGGUAGAUUUUUUAAUUUUAAGUUUCAAUAAAUAAAAUGAACUGUCGAGAA